AUGUGUGGAAUGAGUAAGGAAACUAGAGAUCAUUUAUUCUUUGACUGUCAUUUAAGUAAUCUCAGCUUCCUUAGAAUAAAAGAAUGGCUAGACUGGAAGGUGUCUACAACAACAAUUCCAAAAUUGUUAAGAUGGAUUGCUAGGGCAAAGCUCUCUCCUUUUAGGAAGCAGGUUUUGGCAGUAGCUCUUGCAGCUACAGUAUAUCAGAUCUGGCAUUGCCGGAAUGUUGCAAUAUGGAAUCAGAGGGUUAGUACGGUGUUAGUUCUCACAAAAAGAAUUCAAAGUGAUGUGAAAAAUAGAAUACAGGGUGUAAUGCCAAAGAAAGUAAAUUUGAUAGAUAGAGACUGGUUUGAAAACUUGUAA